GAGGGGCGACCCAGCUCCGCGGCUUCCCGCAGGCUCCUGUUGCUUGGCAACCGAUUUGCGACCUCCAGCACGGCGGGCACCCAGUAACACCUUCACACCUGUGAAGCGUAGACUACACCGACUAACGACCCCCUCCGCUGCCUCCGCUUCGACCUCUCGCGCCCGCUUCACGCACGAACAACACGAGUUGUCCCAGGUGCUGCUCCAAGUGUCCGUUUUCCUUCUGGAAGUCUCAGCUGGGAGGAGUCAGAGGAGGAAAGAAAGUUGUUGUAAAUCCAACUUAGAGCCACUUAACCUUGGGAGGACAGCGUUCUGGGGCUCUAGAAAACAAGUAGAUGAGGUGGGUUUGCUCACCUAACUCGGUGUGGAAGAGAGACCUAUAAACUCCGACAUCUGUCCCAGAGUAGAGGCUUGGGGACAAGUGCCAGACCCUUUGCAGCCUUAUCAUGUACAGCAGAGCUUACUUAUUGCUGGAGAGAGACUUCCAGGAGCUGAAGGAGAACAACUUUAAGGGUGUUACUGCCUUUCCUAUACGUGAAGAUCUAAUGGAAUGGGGAGCCGAUAUUGAAGGUCUACAGAAUACAUUUUGGCAUGGAUUAUUCUUCCAACUGACAAUAAACUUUACAUCACAGUACAAUUGUGUGCCUCCAGUUGUGAAAUUCCUAACAAUUCCUUUUCAUCCAAAUGUAGACCAAAAUACUGGUCGGGCCUGUAUAGAUUUUUUGGACGACCCCAAUAAGUGGAAUACAAGCUAUACUUUGAGCAGCAUCUUACUAACCCUCCAGGUUAUGCUUUCUAAUCCAGAGCUAGAAAAUCCAGUGAAUUUGGAAGCAGCCCAAAUGCUGAUUGAAGAUGAAUCUCUGUAUAAACAAGUAGUUCUAAGACUUUUCAACCAACCAUCACAAUUGAGAGAUAAUGGCCCUGAGUUUCUUAAAGAUCCAGAUAAAAUUAUCAGAUCAAUUAAAGAAAUCUCAUUUAAUGAUUACUACAAGACAUGGUCUACAAUAGCCACAUCAAAAGCCACAGAACACUAUAGAAGUUCAUUGCUUGAAGAUCCAAAUUUUAUUGUAGAGUAUUAUAAAUGGAAGAAAGCUGAAUUAAAACAUCCUAAAGAAUGGAAUUUAAAGUAUGCAGCUACUGUGGCUCGGCUGGCUAGAGAAAGUAGAAGAAAGCCUUCCAGAGCCAAAUAUCUAACUGAAAGAGUUCAACUCUGCCCAACUCCAAUUCAAAAUUUUGCUGACUCACAGACCGAAAUGGCCAUUGUCAUGAAGACUGGUAGAACAAAGGAAAGGUGGAGGAGUGUAGCUUUACCAGAUGAUUUUAGUGCAAAUGAGCCAUGGGAAGAAGAAGUGGAAGACCUUGUCACUUGGACCUACACUCUUGAUACAGACAUUUUAGAAGAUUCAGCAUGAUGCUCCAGGAUUUAGAAAAUGAACAGCCUCAACCACAGCUCGGCUUCAUGAGACAACUUUGGAACUUGGAUUCCAUUUUUUUUUUUUUUUUUCAAGUUGGUCUCAUGCUCUCACAUCAAGUACAAAUUAGAAAUAUAAAUAUAAAUCAGUGAA